CAGCAGAGUGAAAAGCAUCAACCCUCCCCCACCCGGCUUUAUCAGCCUCUGCGCCCUGACAUGCUAGCCAGCUAUCCGCUGUAAAAGCGACCAUAGAUCCUUACAAUCCCGCGGAACACAGAGGGCAUCCUGGAUAAGACAUACCCAUCCAGAACACACCAGAAACGGCCUUUAUGGGACGCUUGUUCGGUGGAUAUUACGACGCGAUGGGCAGCAGCUAACGGGCAGUCCAAAGCUAGCUGCAGCUAGCUGGUCGGCUAGCCGGGGUAGGAGCUCCGCAGACCCGCAUUUAACUCGGUUUUUUUGCUUUUUUGAAACUAGUUUCCGUGCCAUGUCAUCUUUAAUUUAACCUAUAUUUUUUUGUUUAUUUGUUAAGUUAAAUGAUAAAGGGAAAGGCUUUGUUUUUUGGAUAUGUAGGUCAGUGAAUAACCGAUGAUAGUUAUGUGGGUCAUCAUCGGGUCGACCUGUUAGCAGGAACAGCUGGUUAGCACGGCAGCUAGCUGGAUGAGGGUAAUUUUAUUAUUAUUUAUCAGUCAUUUAAAACAGAAAGGCAAUACGUACACAUGCUUGUGUUGGUGAGGAUUACUCUGCAGAUUGUGUAUGUGAGUAUAGCAUCGAGUGGAGCCUUUUAAUUGUUCAUAUUUUGGAGUCUUCGCUGACCAUCUUCGGCUAACUUAGCUAGCUAGCUGUUAGCUAAGCUAGCCGAGCAGCUUCACUAAUUCACCAGGACUCACCGGGAUCAUGCUGAGCGUGGCGCCGUGGUUCCUGCGUGCCUAGCCGACAGCGAGGACUGUUUUCGGGGCGUUUGGCGAGCGGAGUGAUGGCGUUCCACGGCGCCGGCCGGCAGACCGUUUGUGGAGACUUGUUUCCGGGCUCUGAGCUGGGCCACAAGUAUUUCUGCGUCAACUCGUCGUGCGGAGCCCCGUCCACUGGCCUCAGCGCCACCCCGUGCCUGACCGGGCCCACCGCGCCGGCCGGGACGCCACGGCACCCCACGGCUCUGGGAGGCAGCGCCGGCGGGGGGGCGGCCGUGCCUCAGCCCUACAGCAACCCGGCCAGCGAGGUGCCCAGCCCCGCGGAGAUGGAGCCAGACCGCCCCAUCGGCUAUGGAGCAUUUGGUGUUGUCUGGUCGGUCACUGAUCCGCGUGACGGCCGUAAAGUGGCUUUGAAGAAGAUGCCGAACGUCUUCCAGAACCUGGUCUCCUGUAAGAGGGUCUUCAGAGAGCUCCGGAUGCUCUGCUUCUUCAAACAUGACAACGUUUUGUCAGCUCUGGACAUUUUGCAGCCUCCACAAAUCGACUGCUUUGAGGAAAUCUACGUGAUAACAGAGCUGAUGCAGAGCGACCUCCACAAAGUGAUCGUGUCUCCUCAGCCUCUCACCACCGACCACAUCAAGGUCUUCCUCUAUCAGAUCCUCCGAGGUCUGAAGUAUCUGCACUCUGCUGGGAUCCUGCACAGAGACAUCAAACCUGGAAACCUGCUGGUCAACAGCAACUGCCUGCUCAAGAUCUGUGACUUUGGCCUGGCGCGGGUGGAGGAGCCCGACCCGUCCCGUCACAUGACCCAGGAAGUGGUGACGCAGUACUACCGAGCGCCGGAGGUGCUCAUGGGCUGCCGGCACUACGGCUCGGCCAUCGAUGUCUGGUCAGUGGGCUGCAUCUUCGCAGAGCUGCUGGGACGCCGCAUCCUCUUCCAGGCUCAGAGCCCCAUCCAGCAGCUGGAUCUGAUCACAGACCUGCUGGGAACGCCUCCUCUGUCGGCCCUGGCGUCGGCCUGCGAAGGAGCCCGAGCCCACAUCCUGAGGGGUCCGCACAAACCGCCGUCGCUGUCGGUGCUCUACAUGCUGUCUGACGGAGCCACUCACGAGGCCGUGCACCUGCUCUGUCGGAUGUUGGUCUUCGACCCGACUAAGCGUAUCUCCGGCAGCGAUGCCCUGUCCCACCCCUACCUGGAUGAAGGGCGCCUGCGGUACCACACCUGCAUGUGCCAGUGCUGCUACUCGGUGCCCAGCGGGCGCGUCUACACGCGGGACUUUGAGCCGGUCGCCGAGCGCCCGUUCAGCCACAGCUACGAGAACAGCCUGCUGUCGGUGUGGCAGGGCAAAGAGUUAAUCCAUCGCUUCAUCACGGAGCAUGAGCAGGGCAAACGAGUGCCGCUGUGCAUCAACCCUCAGAGUGCUGCCUUCAAGACCUUCAUCAGGUCCACUGCGUGGCACUCGUCCAAGGUGUCCAGGAAGGAGGAGAGAUGAAGAGCCCCUCCUCUUCCUCCUCAGGAGUGACUGCACAGUUUGAGGAAGGAUUUCAUCAGCUGUGAAGAUACUGAAGAGUUUGGGUCUUUUUCCUUUCCGUUUGGUUCCUCUGGCGAGAUGAGAGGACAGACCCCCCCCCCACCCCCUUCUCCUAAACAGCUGACCUACCCGAGCUCCUCCUGAAGAUCCCUCCUUGUCUUCUACUAAGUUUCAGCUUCACUCUUUUAUUUUUAUUUUUUUUAGAUGACCCAAACAGCUGAUGCUCGAGCUGUUUUCCGGUGCUGAAUUUAAAAAAAUAAAAAAAGAUCCUCUGAAGUGCUUGUGGAGGAAUGAGAGAGAAGAGGAACUCGGUACUACAGUGGAUUUCCCAUCAAUGUUACUAGAGACAUUUAAGAAAAUAAUGGUUUUUAAUUGUUUGGUAGAACUGUUGCUUAGUUGAUUUUUUUUUUUUUUUUUUUGAAGUCAUUCCAGCCGUGUGCAAUAUGAUUUAAUUUAACCGGGCGAUGAACUCGGCACCAGAUCGGAGCUCCCCAAACACGACGACAUUAACCGCCCAACGCCCCCAGGGGUUCAGUCUUUAAACUCAUCACUCACUGUGUUGUCGACGCAGCGUUAAUAAUGCAAUCUAACAGAUGUAGCAGGUUUUCACCACAGUCACAACCCCACCCACCCAGCUGUGUUGUUUGUGUUUUGGUGAGCGGUGGCCGGUCCUGGAUCAGUGUUGUGUGUUCUCCUCAUUCGGCAGGACGGACUUUAAUCUGGAACUCGUUCCCCACAGUUUUUAAAUUCUGACGUUUUUAUUUUGAAAGCUACGUGACAGGAAAGUGUAGAUCGUAGAUUGUUUGCUCUGGUCUGAAUCAGCUGAUGAGUUUGUAAACUUGGAGCGAUUUUUUUUUUUUUUUUUUUUUUUACUACCCCAAGCGUACUAAAAUGUGUCCUUACAAAUCACACAAGAACGUCCCCUCCUCUGAUUGGUCGGAUGUGUCUGGGGGCGGGAGCAAGAAAGUAAAUACAGGAAGAAGGUCCUGUGUUCUGGAAGUCUUCAUGGUCAAACCAGCCCAUUUCAUUUAAAUAACCAGACAUAGUGUCUGCUCUGCUCACCGAGAAAUAAUAAUAAAAUAAUAAAAAUAAAACCCGCUUAACCCUAGAGUCGCUGCUCAUUCUGAAGAGAAUCACCGUCACUCCCUCACUCACUCUACCACACACACACACAUUCUCUCACUGUGACUCUAGAGUCGGUUCUCCCUCUGAAGUCUGUCGGUGUUUUACUGAAGGUAAACACCAGCCGGACAGUCGUCCUGGUAACUCAGACUCCAGCUUGUUUCUCUGCUGCUGACUGCAGCGAUCCCGUUGACUGCUGGACCGAUGUCGGAGACCGAUGUCGGAGACCGAUGUCGGAGACCGGUGUCGGAGGCCGAUGUCGGAGACCGAUGUCCCCAUCAGCCACUCAGACUCAGUAACAGGACAACCGGGUCCCGGUUGUUAAAACCAGGAGUUACUCUUUAACCAGUCGGCGUCCCAACUCGAGCCUCUGCAGACAGUUGGUGUUGAUGGAAAUGAAAGUGAAGUCUGAUGAAUGUUGAGCAGCGCUGUGACGUGCAGCGCUGUGUAGAUUAAGUAGUGCCACGUGUGAACCCAGAUAUCAGAUAUCCCUACGCCUGCAUAGUUUCACUGCAGCAACUUCUCCUGGAACCUCUUUAUUAUUUUUAUUUCAUUUUUUUUAAGGAUCUCAGGAACUUUUUUCGACGAUGGUUAACGGUUGCCAGCAGCGCGCCGGCAGGCCACCUCGCCGUUCAGCGGCGUUAGUUUGGUCACGUGUUUGAACGUGCGGCUCUAACGUGCGGAGCUCCUGAGAACUCACCGAAGGAUCGUCCUGCUUCUAGUUUCUGCAGCUCCUCACUUUCCUGGACCGUGGGGGUUUUGAAAGAGUAAUGCCAGAUGUCCUGAUCCUCCAGCAGGCAGG